AGUCCAUUAACAGACUGAGGAACGUGUAAGUUUAAAUGAUGCACUUGUAAUAUGAUAGGUCUCAUUCCAGGCAGUGAUACUGAAUAUACAUUGAGGGAAAUUAGCCCCAGGGCAGAUGGGAGGCAGGUCUGGGCAGGGGGGGCCGUAGGACAAUAGUACAAGGUAGGUCUAUAGUACAAGGAAAUGCAGAUGCCAUUGGAGAGGAACGUGAGAGGGAAGGCUUAGACUAAGGUGUAAAGUAAAACUAGAUGGUCGGAACUCACACAGUGGGGAAGUUUCGGGCGUGUUCCAUAUUUGUUUACACACGGCCCAGGGUUCAGCCAUAAACAGGUUGCCCGGCAUUCUUACAAUAUAAAGGAGCCAAUAGGCUGGCCGCUAGUUAUAUCAUAUAGACUGUUACAGAGCCAGGGACCAGUGCUGUGCUGGGAAGGCUAAACAUGGUCCCUCUACUGCAAGCUCUUCUUCUGCUCACCCCGGGUCUCCUUGGGAUCACCCCCGGCGCUACAGACUGUGGAAUUCCUCUGGUGUCCAGCCGCAUUAUGGGGGGGCAGAGUGCACAGGAAGGGCAAUGGCCCUGGCAAGUCAGCUUUAGGAACAAUGGAGGGCACUUCUGUGGUGGGACUCUUAUUUCCAAGCAGUAUGUCAUCUCAGCAGCUCACUGCUUCCCCAGUUCCAGCUCGGCAAGCUCCGUCACUGCGGUUCUUGGGGCCUACAUGAUAGACCAGCCAGAUGGCAAUCAGGUGGCCAUCCCAGUUCAGAGCGCAACUAAUUAUCCUUCUUACGUUAAUGAGGGGGACAGUGGGGACAUCAGCCUUGUACAGCUUGCAAGUCCGGUGACCUUCACCAACUACAUCCUCCCAGUUUGUCUGCCGGCAGAUACGGUGACGUUUCCUACAGGGUUGCAGUGCUGGGUAACCGGCUGGGGAAAUAUCGCCUCUGAUGUCAGCCUGGUAAGCCCGAUGACUCUGCAGGAAGUAGCCGUGCCUCUGAUUGACGCAAACGAGUGCAACGCAUUAUAUCAAACCCCAAAUUCUUAUGGAACGAGUUCAAUAAGUGUUCACAGUGACAUGAUCUGUGCGGGGUUCAUCAAUGGCGGCAAAGACUCAUGCCAGGGUGACUCUGGAGGACCCUUGGUUUGUUCUUCAAGUGGCCAAUGGUUCUUGGCCGGAGUGGUGAGCUUUGGUGAGGGCUGUGGACAGGCGUACCGCCCAGGAGUAUAUACCCUCAUGCCUUCAUAUACUGACUGGAUAGUCUCAUAUGCAUCUGAUGCCUCUUCGAAUGUGAAGUCAGCAACAUUUUCAGGCCCUAUCAUUUCUCUAAACACAGCUCCAACCAUCGCUGUUUCCACCCUACGUAUCAGUUGGGUAAUCAUUCUGCUGUAUUUGCUAGUGAGAGGACUUUCCAAGAAACCUCUCUAUGCAAUGUCUUUGGAGUUUGUUAUGAGCCAGGGAUGUUGUGUGUCAUAUCCUUGUGUGCAUUAUCCCACCCUGCUUACCUGGCUGUGUGCUCUGCACAAACAAUAUCACUUCUCAAGGGCAGAAGGCCAGAAAUCUCUUCCUUCAGUUACCCAACUAUCUCUCAUUGGACCCAUGGACCCUCCAAGUAUGAUGCUGCGCAUUAUAUCCCUCCUACUGGCUGGUUUUGCAGUGACAGCCAUUUCUACAGGUUGCGGGCAGCCUGCCUUCUCAGACCGGAUAGUAGGGGGCAAUAAUGCAGUGUUUGGAGAGUGGCCGUGGCAAGUCAGCAUAGUCUAUCAGAAUUCUCAUAUCUGCGGAGGUUCCCUUGUGUCCAGUAACUGGGUGGUGUCGGCGGCACAUUGCUUUCCCAGGAGCUACAAGAUAGAAAAUAUGCAGGUGUUGCUGGGUUGUUUCGCUCUCAUGAAUCUAACCUCAGACGCAGUCAUCAUCCGCGUGAAACGCGUCAUCACCUACCCAUUGUACACAGGAGAGGGAAGCAGUGGAGACAUCGCUAUGGUGGAAAUGGAGAGUCCGGUCACCUAUUCCAGCUACAUCCUUCCAAUCUGCAUCCCGUUGACAAAUGAAGACUUCCCAUCGGGAAAGAUGUGCUGGGUGACUGGCUGGGGAAACAUUCAGAGUGAUGUGAGCCUUUCCCCACCCUAUCCACUCCAGGAGGUUGAAGUACCUCUCGUCAACGCUUCUUCUUGUGACACUAUGUACCACUACAACAGCGACCUUAACCCUGCAACUCAACUGGUGCACGAUGACAUGAUCUGUGCCGGCUAUCCAGAAGGCCAAAAAGAUGCCUGUCAGGGAGACUCCGGUGGUCCGUUGGCUUGCAAAUCUGGUAAUUAUUGGUUCUUGACCGGAAUCGUGAGCUGGGGCGAUGGCUGCGCUCAACCCAACCGCCCAGGAGUUUACACGAAGGUCUCCAGUUUUUCCUCCUGGAUUAAUCAGUACUUAGUUCUAAAUGUCAGCGUCACCACAAAAACGCCACACAGCAUCAGUCUGGCCAACAGCAGCUCAACGAAAGAAGCCGUAACCAACACUGACUAUAAAAACAGCAAUAAUUCAGUAGGACUGUAUCUCCACGGCCCUUCAUGGCUUCUGGGAGCCACACUCCUCUUCAUUUUUGCUCAAGAAUGCUCAAGUUAGAGACACAAAGAACAUCAUGUGGGGUGGGGCAAAGGAGACUUAAGGAUGCUGGGAUUCCAUCCAUAUCAUUGACUUGGUGCACUAUUUUCCCAUAUCCCUAUCAACUUCAAGAUCACUUUGAGAUCUACCAACAAGGAAUGGUUUCCAAGGUUUUGCCUAACUCAACCGAAGAGCAAAACCGAAGUUUUUCUGCUUGACUUGAUGCUAUGAUGUAUGAUUCGCAAUUGAUUUCUGGAUCUGGUUGGUCCAAUAGCCAAUUAGAUAAUUGCUUUUAUCCUUCUACUUGUUCCUCUAGCUACUCCACCCGUUCUUCACAUUUGGAAGCUGUGCUCCCUCUCAUGGUCAAAUGUAGGAAAUAAUCAAAGUGUUUGGAUAAGAAUUGCCUUCAUGAUGUAUUUAGAUAUAAAACAUACUUCAGAGCUUUGGAACUCAAGGUCUAGAAGCCACAAAGGACACACUUGACAUUUUUUUCCUUUUUUUUUUGACCAUUGAGUUGUGUGUAUUUUACCAGGUAGAUACUUAACAUCUCCACUAUCUGGGACUAGGGCUACUGUGCAAAAUUGCUCUAUACCAGGUCAGAGGAACAACAAUGGACCCACCACUAUGUGAUCGUUAUGAUAAUAAUAAUGAGUCUGAUGAAGCUGUAGGAACGAACCGUUGGCAAUAAAAUAAGCUUAGGUUGGGACAACUGUACUGAAGCAUUUGCCUGAGGGAGUCGGCAAAGCUAAAUGAAUCAUGGUAGUAUAAGGCAAAAAGAAUCAUGGCAUCCAGCAAACAUUAGGAACCAAUGGAAGAAGCUGCUGGAUCCUCUAACCAUAAAUGGUCUAGUAUGGAGGCUUGUUAUACUGGACCCAUAGCUACUGUCCUUCUUGAGAACAUCGGGACAUUCUGGAAACAGAACUUUAUAAUAUUACCUUUCUUUCUUUAUAUGUAAGAGAAUGAGAAGACCAUUUGAUAGAGGUUCCUUGCUUGGCACCAAAGCACUGGAUUUUGUAUAUAUGACUAUUUAUCAGGAAAUGCACCAAUCACAUUGUAAAUGGCGCCUGUAUUAUAUGUAGUGAUUAAGCCUAUAUUAU